GUCAGAUUAUAAAAGUAAACAGAAAUACAAAGUAAUAACGUGAAAUUGUGAAUUGGUUUCCAUGACAUGCUCUCAAGGUUGAGUUGCCUGUAGGAUAUGACUGUGUCUCCCUUUUCAGAAGGAGAAAAGGCCCAGGAUCCCUUCAUGAGGUCAUGUAAGUAUAAGAAGAGUCCUUAUGCCAGCACUAACACAGCCUGCUGUUCACUCCAGACCGCCCUGAAGCAUUCACCAUGUCUUUUCAGAACAAUGUCCAAAGAACCACAGGGGAAGUGGCUCUGACAACCAUCUUGCUUUUCCAGAUGGGCAUUGGGACUCUGGCCAAUGUCACUCUCUUCUUCUUUAAUGUCUCUCCAAUCUUGUGUGGACACAAGCAGAGGCUCCCCAACACCAUUCUCACCCACAAGGCUGUAGCCAAUUUCUUAGUUCUUCUCUCUGCUGGGAUUCCCCACAAGAUGGCGGCUUUUGUUUUGAGGAAGCCCCUGUCCAGUCUUGGGUGUAAAUUUGUAUAUUAUGUACACAGAGUAGCUCGCGGCACCACCAUGUGCUGCACCUGCGUCCUGAGCACCCAUCAGUUCUUCAUACUCAUCCCAGAGAGGGCGGUGUGGAGGAUGCUCAGAGGAAGAACCCCCAAGAUCAUUGAUCCUUUCUGCUGUAUCUGCUGGAUGUUCAGUGUCUUAAUGAAUAUCUAUGUUCCUGUGAAAGUCACUGGUUCACAGGACACAGGAAACAGUAGUGACAUCCUCGGGAAGUGGUUCUGCUCAUCCUCAACUCCGAGUGCAGGCACUGUCAUCCUGUGGUUUGUCUCCGAUGCCAUAUUUAUUGGUCUCAUGAUCUGGUCCAGUGGCUCCAUGGUGCUGUUCCUGUACAGGCACCACCAGAGAAUACAGUAUAUUCACACCCCCAAUGGCUACCGCAAAUGUUCCCUGGAGAUCAGAGCUGCCCACACCAUCCUGAUGCUGGUGGCCACCUUUGUGAACUUUUAUGUGCUGAAUUCCAUUUUUGCGUUUUAUGUCACUGUCUUUUUAGAUUUCCGUCUAUGGUUGAUAGAGACUUCUAAUAUUUUGGCUUCAUGUUUCCCCACUUUUAGCCCCUUCUUGCUGAUCCUUCGGGAUUCUGGGGUUCCUAGGUCCCACUCUUGAGUUGUUAGAAAUCAAAUGUAAAUAUGCAGAAGACCGCUUUGAUAACUACCAUGAUCACUGUAUUCAGUGACCGUUUACUCAGCACUGUUUUUUUACGUAAUAUCCACAGUGAUCUUAGAGGGUGACUUUGAUACUGGGGUUGCACCAAGAGAACUCAAAGUCAAUCUGAAAAUUAUGAGCUUGAAACGGACACACAAAGUUGUUGAGGAAACAUGUCUCCCCCUUGACCACUGCAGCUGCUGAAACGAAUCUGUUUUCUUCAGGAGUAUUCGAAGUGUUUCUGCAAAUUUUAUCUCAGUGUGGGCAUGCCGGACACACUGGCAUACAUUGGUACAUAAA